AUGGCCUCCACAGAAAUCUCUGACACUGAUACCUCUCCCACAAAAUUUGUGUCUACCAUCACCUCCACUGCUGAUUCUAGGUACACAACACUCACAGAGACCACCAAAGAUUCAACCACGAACUCGGAAACCAGCACGCCAUCCACUGCAACCUCUGAGAUUGCUGAGAUCCCCACCAAGCCCUCUGAUGCCACUGUAACAUCUAUCAAGGCUUCUGAAACCAACAUGAGCUCCACCUCAGCAUCUAAGACCACCAAAGGCUCUGUAUCCACUACAGUCUCCCCCAUGGCUUCUGAGACCAUCAGCUCCUCCAACACACCCUCUCUUCACACGACUAUCUCCGCACUUCUCUCUGAGUCUACCAUGGCCUCCACAACAGUCUCUGAGGCUAUCUUAUACUCCCCAACCACAUCAGUGACCACCACUGCCUCUACCUCUGAGUCUAGGAAGACUACACAAUCUCUGGUUACUGAGGUUUCCACAUUGAUAUCUGAGAUGUCCAGGAUCUCCACAAAAAUCUCUGAGUCCCCUAUGGCCUCUGCCAUAGCUUCUGAGACAACACCAGUGACAUCUUCAGAUUCUGUGUCUUCCACAACUACACCAGUGCCUCAUGAGACAGCAACCACACAGAUGCCUACCAUAACAUCUGAGCUUACAACAGAAUACUCCCAAGCCUCUGAAACCACCACAGCAGGGUUCUCCACGACAACAUCUAUGCCCACCCCAUCACCCAUGAGGACAUCCCUGCCCACCUCAGACUCUACCACAGUCUCUGCAAGCACAGCAGACACUCAGACUGCCACAACCAUCACCGUAGACUCCAAGAUCACUUCGCCUUCCACCUUGGCAUCUGUGCCCACCAUGACCUGUACCACAGCCUCUGAAAUCAGCAAUGUCUCUGAGACCACCACGGCUUCUAGCAGAGUCUCUGCGACCAGCGUGACCAUCACCUCAGCAUCUGACAACACCAAAGGCUCUGAAUCCACCACAGUCUCCUCCUUGACCUCUGAGACCCUUACGUCUCCCAACACAUCAUCUCCUCCCAUGACAUUAUCUACCCCAGCCUCUGAGACCACCAUAGCCUCCACAGUAGUCUCCAACACUGACACCUCUCCCACAACAUUUGUGUCUACCACCGCCUCCCCCUCUGACCCUAGGUACACGACAUUCAAAGAGACCACCAAAGAUUCUACCACCACCUCUGAAACCGUCGGGCCAUCCACUGCAACCUCUGGGACUGCGGAGGUCCCCACCAAACCCACUGAAGCCACUGUAACAUCUACCAGAGCUUCUGAAAGCAGCAGGAGCUCCACCUCAGCUGAGACCACCAAAGGCUCUGUAUCCACUACAGUCUCCCCCAUGGCUUCUGAGACCAUCAGCUCCUCCAACAUACCCUCUCUUCACAACACUAUCUCUGCACUUGUCUCUAAGUCCACCAUGGCCUCCACAACAGUCUCUGAGACUAUCAUAUCCUCCCCAGCAACAUCAAUGACCAUCACUGCCUCUACCUCUGACUCUAGGAAGACUACACAAUCUCAGGUCACUGAGGCUUCCACAUCGACCUCUGAGAUUUCUAGCACCUCCACAAAAAACUCUGAGUCCUCUCUGUCCUCUACCACAGCCUCUGAGACAACGCCAGUGACAUCUUCAGAUUCUGUGUCUUCCACAACUACACCAGUGCCUCAUGAGACAUCAACCACAUCUAUGCCUACCAUGCCUACCAUAACAUCUGAGCUUACAACAGAAUACUCCCAAGCCUCUGAAACCACCACAGCAGGGUUCUCCACGACAACAUCUAUGCCCAGCCCAUCACCCAUGAAGACAUCCUUGCCCAUCUCAGAUUCUACCAUAGUCUCUGCAAGCACAGCAAACACUCAGGCUGCCACAACCAUCACCGUAGACUCCAAGAUCACUUUGCCUUCCACCUUGGCAUCUGUGCCCACCAUGACCUCUACCACAGCCUCUGAAAUCAGCAAUGUCUCUGAGACCACCACGGCUUCUAGCAGAGUCUCUGUGACCAGCGUGACCAUCACCUCAGCAUCUGACAACACCAAAGGCUCUGAAUCCACCACAGUCUCCUCCUUGACCUCUGAGACCCUUACGUCUCCCAACACAGCAUCUCCUCCCAUGACAUUAUCUACCCCUGCCUCUGAGACCACCACGGCCUCCACAGUAGUCUCUGACACUGACACCUCUCCCAUAACAUUUGUGUCUACCAUCACCUCCACCUCUGACUCUAGGUACACGACAUUCAGAGAGACCACCAAAGAUUCUACCACCACCUCUGAAACCGUCAUGCCAUCCACUGCAACCUCUGGGACUGCGGAGGUCCCCACCAAACCCUCUGAAGCCACGGAAACAUCUACCAUAUCCUCUGAAGCCAGCAUGAGUUCCACCUCAGCAUCUGACAACACCAAAGGCUCUAAAUCCACAACAGUCUCCUCCUCAGCCUCUGAAACCCUUACAUCUCCCAGCACAGAAUCUCCUCCCGUGACAUUGUCUACUCCAGCCUCUGAGACAAUCAUGGCCUCCACAGUAGUCUCUGACACUGAUACCUCACCCACAACAUUUGUGUCUACCACCACCUCCACCACUGAUUCUAGGUACACAACACUCACAGAGACCACCAAAGAUUCAACCACGAACUCGGAAACCAGCACGCCAUCCACUGCAACCUCUGAGAUUGCUGAGAUCCCCACCAAGCCCUCAGAAGCCACUGUAACAUCUAUCAAGGCUUCUGAAACCAACAUGAGCUCCACCUCAGCAUCUGAGACCACCAAAGGCUCUGUAUCCACUACAGUCUCCCCCAUGGCUUCUGAGACCAUCAGCUCCUCCAACACACCCUCUCUUCACACAACUAUCUCCGCACUUCUCUCUGAGUCUACCAUGGCCUCCACAACAGUCUCUGAGGCUAUCUUAUACUCCCCAACCACAUCAAUGACCACCACUGCCUCUACCUCUGAGUCUAGGAAGACUACACAAUCUCUGGUUACUGAGGUUUCCACAUUGAUAUCUGAGAUGUCCAGGAUCUCCACAAAAAUCUCUGAGUCCCCUAUGGCCUCUGCCACAGCCUCUGAGACAACACCAGUGACAUCUUCAGAUUCUGUGUCUUCCACAACUACACCAGUGCCUCAUGAGACAGCAACCACACAGAUGCCUACCAUAACAUCUGAGCUUACAACAGAAUACUCCCAAGCCUCUGAAACCACCACAGCAGGAUUCUCUACUACAACACCUGUGCCCACCCCAUCACCCAUGAGGACAUCCCUGCCCACCUCAGACUCUACCACAGUCUCUGCAAGCACAGCAGACACUCAGACUGCCACAACCAUCACCGUAGACUCCAAGAUCACUUCGCCUUCCACCUUGGCAUUUGUGCCCACCAUGACCUCUACCACAGCCUCUGAAAUCAGCAAUGUCUCUGAGACCACCACGGCUUCUAGCAGAAUCUCUGCGACCAGCGUGACCAUCACCUCAGCAUCUGACAACACCAAAGGCUCUGAAUCCACCACAGUCUCCUCCUUGACCUCUGAGACCCUUACGUCUCCCAACACAUCAUCUCCUCCCGUGACAUUGUCUACCCCAGCCUCUGAGACCACCAUGGCCUCCACAGUAGUCUCUGACACUGACACCUCUCCCACAACAUUUGUGUCUACCACCGCCUCCACUUCUGACUCUAGGUACACAACAUUCAGAGAGACCACCAAAGAUUCUACCACCACCUCUGAUACUGUCACGCCAUCUACUGCAACCUCUGAUACUGCUGAGGUCCCCAUCAAACCCUCUGAAGCCACUGUAACAUCUAUCAGAGCUUCUGAAGCCAGCAUGAGCUCCACCUCAGCAUCUGUGACCACAGAAGUCUCUGAAUCCACUACAGUCUCCCCCACGGCUUCUGAGACCAUCAGGCCCCCCACCACCUCUCCUUUCAUGACAAAAUCUACAGUUGCCUCUGAGUCCGCAAAGGCCUCCACAAGAAUCUUUGAAAGUCUUACACCCUCUAAAAUAAUGUCUGUCCCCACUACAAUCUCUAUUACAGGCACUAAAACCUCAACAUUCUCUCUGUCCUCCUUAGCCCCUACCAUCACCUCUGAGGAUACCGUGGUUUCUACCAUGGUUUCAGAAAGCAAUACAAUUUCCACAGAAGCCUCCGUGACAAAUGCAGAGUCUGUGCCAUCCACAGUUUCUGCCAAGAGCACUGUAGCACAUUCAACCACCACAAUCUCUGAAAAAACUAUGACUUCCAUCAGAACUUCUGAGAACAGCCCACACUUCACAAUAACACACAUGCCCAGCACAGAGCUCAUGGUGACUUCUAAAUCUGUCACAGGCUCUGAGACUGCCACAGCUUCUACUGGGACAUCAGAGACUCCUGAAGAGUCUGUGCCCACCCUGGUUUCCACCAUACUCUCCACUAUCUUUUCUGCUGACACUGUAACCACAAUCAACACUUCUGUGCCCACGACAGCUGACACUUUCACCUCAGAAUCUACUGUGGCCUCCAAUACAGCUUCUGAAACCACCGUAGCUUCCACUACAUCCUUUGAAACUAGCACUGCCUCAACAGCAGCAUCAGAGCCUCAAACAGACUCUGUCGCAACCAUUGUGAGCACCAUAGGCUCUCUGUCCACCAUUUCCUCUUCCACAGGCUUUGUGACAACCGCAUCCUUCACAAAAUCCUCUGAGGCUACCAUGGACUCCACCAUAACUGCUGAGGCUGGCAUGUCCAGCACAGCAAGCUAUGUGAACAUCACAGACUCCACCAUACGAUCUGAGACCCUCAGUGCCUCCCCCACGGUCUCUGAGAUGACCACACACUCCACAAGAACAUCUGUGCCCACAACAGCCUCUACUUUUAGUUCUGAAUCCACUGCUAGUGCAACCAUAAUCUCUGAGGCCACCACAUCCUCCACGGUAACAUCUGCGUCCAACAUAGGCUCUGUGAACGUAACAACUUCUGAGACUACCAUGGGCUUUACCACCAAUUCUGAGACCACAAGAGCUGCCAGCAUAGCCUCUGAUACCACUUCAGUCUCCACUAAAUCCUCUUUAACAACAACCGUGUCUGUGACCACCAUAGCUACCAACUUGCCCACCGAUACCACAACAGGAUCAGUAUCCACUAUUGCUCCUAAGAGCACCACACACUCCAUGAAAACAUUUGCGCCCACCCCAGUGUAUGCAAAUGAAACCACCAAAGGCUCUGAAACCACCACAGCUCUAUCUGCAGGGCCCACUGUCGAGUCUGUGCCCACCAAAUCCUCUACAUUAGCCUCUGAAAGUCCUGUGAUCUUCUCCACAGUCUCUGAAUAUACCACAUCCUCUACCAAAAUGCCCACAUCCACCAUGUCCUCUGAAACCACCACAGCUUCCACUGUGGCCUUGAUGACUACAAUAGGCUCUAAUACUACUAUAACUCCCAUCACACUUUCUGAGAUGCCCACGGCCUACACAACAGAAUCUGUACCCACAACUGCCUUGGCCAUAACCUCUGAGAGCACUGCACUAUCUUUGUCCACCACACAUUCUGAGAACACGAUCGCUUCCACUAUAAGACCUGAGGCCAGCAUGGCCUACAGUCCAGCCUCUGAGGUCACCUCAGAGUCUGUUAGCAUCAUGGCCUCCACCACAGCCUCUGAGUCCACCAGGUCAUCCACAGCAGCAUCUUUGACCAGCACAGCCUCCAGCACAGGCUCAGAGACCACAGAGUUUACCUUGGCCUCCUCAUCAACCUCUCAGUUCACCACAGAUUUGUCCUCUAUUUCUGUGCCCAUUACAAAUAACAGCACAACUUCUGAGACCCUGACCACCUCAGCCACAUCUUCUAAGAGCACCUUCUCAGCAUCUGUGCCCCCUGUACUCUCUACCAAAGCUCCCACCUCACCUUCUGGACCCACCACAGCCUCAGAAGUCACCACAGCUUCAUCUUUGGCCUCAUCACCCCUCUCAGCCUCCACCUCUAAUUCUGGAUCUUCAACAGUCUCCAUGGGUGUCUCAGGAAUUUCCACAGCUCCUUCCACCACUUUGGUGUCCAAGGCCACUGACUUUUUCACUCAACCCAGCACCAAUACCACAGCUUCAGGCACCGGGACCCCUGGCACCAGACCUACGACCCCCAGCUCUGUCACCAGGACCCCUGGAGUAGAGUCCAUGACCACUGCUUCUGGCAGCCCUGCUCCCGGGACAGUCCCCAGCACCUCUGACCUGGACACGCCCACUACUGGAGCAUCCCCCACCGCCUCCGUCCCAGGUACCAGGACCACCAGAACGGGAUCCACCCUGCAUCCGGCCACAGCUUCUGGAACCAGCAGCACCUUCCAUAAAACAGGCCCAGCUUCCAUGGGCACAGACACAGCUGCUGUGAGCCCCACACCGACGAUGAAGACAACACCAAGUGGACUUUUGCAGCCCUGGAGCAUCGCCCUCAUCUCCCUGGCUGCAGUGGUGAUGGGCGUUGUACUGCUGGUGACAGUGAGCUUGUGCCUGAGGGACUUUUCCUGCUCCCUGGUAAAUAGUGGCAAUUAUUACCUACAUGAUCACAGAAUUGGCCUUGGUCUGGACCUGGACUCAAGACUGAGUUCUGGAAUAUUCCGCCAUUUGGGAAGUGGCCUGGUCCAUGGAAGAGCACAUAAUUUAGGACACAGAAUGGGCCAUGAAAUGAGACACAGCCCUGGCAUGAAUCAUGGCCGGAGUCAUGGACAUGGAGGGAGACAUUACAAUAUCCACGAAAAUGAUCACAGAGGAGGCCGCCAAGAAAGCCAUGACAGGACAACGUGGCUGUGGCCAUAGGCUGGAUAGUGGAAAACAUUUGGCAAUGUGGGAAUCUCCCUGGCUGGCUGGGAUCGAAGCCGCCAGCCUACAAGUGGUAAGAAAUCAUGGAAUGAAGGAUGGGAAUCAUAGAAGACAAUAGAAGAAUGAUUAUGAAAUGAUUCAGAGGGCAUAUGAAAUGUUUCCAAGGAGUGGGGCAAGGUCAAGAAAAGAAACAGCAAAGAGAUCACAAAGACCUUGAAUGACACUGGAAAAGAGCAAGUAGAGGCGGGUUGGAAGAAAGACAAUUUCACCAGGCGUGGAGAUGACUUCGAGUCAAAGUUUGGGUACUACCCAAGUCUCAGACUCUUGUAGGGAGCUAUGGUGACCACCUCAGGACAGCUUCUCCCGUCACCCAAGUCAUGGCAAGGCUUUGCUGCAGAUGCUUAAUGACAUCUCUAAGAAACAAAAGCACAUAAUGGGUGGUUUACCAGGACCGCAUGUUUACAUUUUUUCCAGUUUAUUCUUUCAGUUUCCCCGUGAAGCAUUUGUUUUUGUACCAAGUGCUGUUCUAGGCGUCUUUAAGUACAUAUUUAAUCCUCCAAAAAUCCAAUAAGAACUUGAGGUAGGGAAAGAUAUUUAAAUAGGACACAAAAAGCAUUAACUAGAAGAGAUUUUAAAAAGCUAGAUGGGGCCUCCCUGGUGGC